UCCCCCAUUUGUAUUCCAUUUUAAACUUAAUGUUUCAUAAUCCGAAUUGUUGGAUAAACUGAAUGUUUAUUGAAAUCCCACCCAUUUCAAAUAGCCAAACUCUAGAAUGUGCAUAUUGAAAACAUUGGUCUGCAAUGAUUUAUAAAAUUUAAUCCUUUUUAAAAUAUGGCUUUACAUUGUGGAGGCGUUAGAUAAAAACUUAUCCAAAAUCUUUUUUGAAAUUCUUUUAUUUCAAAACCUUUUUAUCUCCGUUCACCAUUCUCAAUAUCCUUUUCAAUGUCUUCCAUUUUUGGCUUGUCACCAUUAUAAAUCCCCAUAGAUAAUCUAUACCACCAACGAACAUUUUAAUCCAACAUUUGUACAAACUUGUCACACUUCAUCAAUCAUGUUAUUGGUCUAACCCUCAAAGAAGGGGAUUUCAGCCCUUUCGGCGAUCUUUUCUGUGGGGAAAUUUUCUGAAUGGUGGCCAAUGGGUAAGCGACUGGACGAUUCUAUUACAACUCACCUGUAGGUCUCACGGUAAAGAAGGUCCUUGUCUUGUAUAGCAUUUCAUCGCAAGUACUUGUAGGUACCAGUAUGGGUUGUAUUGGCUCUCGGUCGGCUCGUCGUUGCAAAAUGUGCGAAGACGAAGAUAUGCAAGCUUACAUAGAGGAGAUUAAGUAUAAUUAUGAAUCUUCAAAGGCCCGGUUUCCACACAUUGAUGACAAUCCGAUUAUUUCAUUAGAAAGAUGGAAUGAAAAUGAAAGAAAGCUCGCAAGAAUAAGGCAAGAAAAAGCCCACGAAGCAGCUCUGGAAAAUAUCAAAAAAAGAGCUGCGGAAAGAGCAGCUUGUUCUCGAAAACAAAGAAUAGCUGAAAAUGAGGAAGCCAUCGCCAACUUGAGACAAGCCAAAACGCACCAAACAGUUCGCUCAAAGACGAAAACUACCCGAAGUGAAAAAGCCUUGGGAAAUGUCCAAUCAGUGGAAACAUCGGUCAAUAUCAACAGUUCGACAGUUGUACGACACACUGCUGGAAAUUGCGAGGGAGAAAAAGCUAUGGAAGAAUGUUGCGUCGUAAGGGGGUUGUAUUUCUUGUAAUCGUUCUGUUCAUGGAGGCAUUUCCGGAAUGCUACGGCCGCAGUCCAACUUGGAUGUGCAUCAGCAACUGCGCCCAGUGCAAGAGGACAUACGGAGCUUUCUUCGAGGGACAGCGCUGCGCUGAGUCCUGCAUCAAAUAUAGAGGACU